CCCAAAUCGACUACUAACAAAAAUAGAAAAUUGUCUUUUAUUUAUUUGUUUAAGCUAGAAAAAUAAGGCCUGCGAAAUGGCUGAAACUAAGCCCCAUCCCUUCGACAUGGACAGCACCAGUUUCGACGCGGAAAAGUAUCUGGAGAGGAUGCUGAAGGAUUGCUCCUUGAAGCAAAUUAUGGACACGGAGGCGGCGGUGGUCAAGGACACCCAGACGCUGCAUUCGGACAUGCAGACUCUGGUGUACGAGAACUACAACAAAUUCAUCUCCGCCACGGACACGAUUCGCCGGAUGAAGGACGACUUCAAGCAGAUGGAAACGGAUGUGAACUUGCUAAUGACCAAGAUGCAGUCCAUUACCACCUUCAGUGAGCAGAUCACCGGCACCCUGCAGGGAACCCGAUCGCAGCUCUGCCGCCUGUCCGAGAAGCAUUCGCUGCUCAAGCGGCUUCAGUUCCUCUCCACACUGCCGGCCAAGCUUAAAUCCCUGAUCGAGGAGCAGAACUACGCCCAGGCUGUCCAGGAUUACCUGCAUGCCCAGAAGGUGUUUGCCCAAUACGGCCGCCAGCCCUCCUUCGAUGGCAUCCAGCGAGAUUGCGACGCAAUCAUGGCGGAUCUCAAGGAGCAGUUGCGGCAGGACUUUCAGAGGGCGGGCAAUACGGCCCAAUCGUUGACGGAAAUCGGGGAGCUGCUCCUGCAACUGGACGAAAAGACCUCGGAUCUGGCCAGCGAGAUGCUGACCUGUGCGGGCAAGCGGCUGCACGAGCAGAUCGUCAUGCUGCAGGAUCAGACGGAGCGGGAUAUGCUGGAGUUCGUGGACAUGGGCAUCGAUGGCUUCCUCAACGACCUGGCCCUCGUGGUGACCUCCUACUUCGACAUGUUCGUGGCCAAGCACUACGAGCAGGAGCGUGACGACUUCCAGGAGAAUGCCCUGCAGGAGCUGAAUGUCUUCCUCAACCAGAACAUCGACAAGUAUCUGACGCUCGUCCAGGAUCGCGUGGAGUCCGACAUUGGUUACGGCGACACGCAGGUGAUGCUGCGUGCUCUGGAUCGACUUCAUCGGCGCCUGCAGGCCAUGCGCAACAUUUGCCGCGGCUUGGAGGUCAAGCGCAACACCGUCGCCAUCAUUAUAUCGGCUGCCCACCAACUCUGCGAUGCCCACGCCAAAAACUUAAAGGAUCACUUUGCCGACAGCCUGAGCGCGGUUCGUUUGUCGCUGGUUUCCGCCAAAAGCGAUGCUGCUGCUGGUCUCAAUCUCAGCGAUCUGAUCAGCAAUCUGUACGUGGCCAUGGUGGAGAAGAUCAAGGGCGUUCUGCAGGAUUUGCUCAUAUUCCUGCGCACCGACUGGUCGUUCAACAUCAAGGCGGAGCACAAGGGCACUCUGUGCGUGGAGGGCAUAAGGGAGAACCUGCUGAUUGGCUUUCUGCGCCACAUUGCCAAGGUGAUGUGCGGUUUCGGCGAUGCUUCCAGCUCCAGUCCACCGAAUCUGCUGCUGGUGCUGUCCAAAACGUGUCUCGAACUGGAGCAGCAGGGCGUCCACAUACUGAUUGCUUUGGUGGAUGACCUGUACGAAAUCGACUCGGAGAACAGUGCCACACUUACCCACGAAACGGAAAUUUGUGCAGAGAUGCGGGAAACGGCACAGUCACUCCUCGAUUCGUAUGUCCGCCUGCAGGGCACAAAUAUCUCGCAAAUGCUGCGCAAGAGCGUCGAGACGAGGGAUUGGCUGAACUGCCUGGAGCCUCGUUCAGUGCGGGCGGUGAUGAAGCGCGUGGUGGAGGAGCUGGGCAGCAUCGAGGCGGUGGUGGCUAGUCUCUACGAGGCCGCCACGAACACAGCCUCCGGAUUCCGCACCACAGCCAGCAGUGAUUCCAGCCGCAAAACGUACUUCAGCAACUUUGCUUCCACCUCCAAGCCACAAUAUCGAUCCAAUUGGUCGAACUACACGCCUUCGCAGCUGGAAUCCAGCUACGUUUCUAACAUACAUCGCUUGUUUUCCGAGCGGGUGGAGAUCUUCACUUCGGUGGAGUUCACCAAGGCCUCGAUUGUGAUGGGCAUAAUUAAAAUCGGUCUUAAGACCCUUUUGGAAUGCGUAAGGCUGAGGACUUUUAGCAAAUACGGACUGCAGCAGAUUCAAGUAGAUGCCCACUAUCUGCAAAUGAAUCUCUGGCGGUUUGUUAGCGACGAAAAUCUGGUCAACUUCCUGCUGGACGAGAUCCUUGGCUCGGCUGUCCAACGCUGCUUGGAGUCCGUCCUAAUGGAGCCCAAUGCUGUGGAAAUUAUUUGCGAACGCGGUUAGUAUUUAUCCCAAAAUUGAAGCACACACAUUCCACUUAAAAUCUCCGUCUAUUUUGUUAAACGCUGCUAGCCUAAGGAUCGUAAAAUAAACAUCUGUUUCUAAUAUACAUA